ACCCAACAUGGCGCCGCCGCCUCAGCCUUCCCAAGAUGGCGGCAACGCAACGACCUUCUCUAAAUGGCGUAAACCCCAAGCGACCAUCCCCAGAACGCCGCGACUUCCCGAACUCUGGCAAUUUAAACGACCACCACGAAUGGCGGCAAGGGAAAGGACCUUCCCGAGGUGACGGAAACAUUAACGAUCGUCCCGAAGGGUGAUGUUAUAAACGACCUGCCCAAGAUGGCGGUAAAAAAUCCCAAGAUGGCGCCGCUUCCGCCCCUGGGGCGCCCCGCAGCGGAAAUGGCGACACGGGGCCGGGCCCGUCCCUUUCCGGCCUCUCACGCCGACGCCGCCAUGCCUCUCGCCAAGGACCUGCUGCACCCGUCCCCUGAGGAGGAGAAGCGCAAGCACAAGAAGAAGCGGCUGGUGCAGAGCCCCAACUCCUACUUCAUGGACGUCAAGUGCCCCGGUGGGCACCGAGGACCCUGCGGGGUCCUUCCUCGUGUGCCUCUCCCCUCGCGUGUCCGGUGUUCUCCCCGUUAUCCCUCCGUAUCUCCCGGUGUCCUGGUGUCUUUUCCCGUUUCUCCCCCGUGUCCCAGGAGCCUCCCCCGGUGUCCCGGCCCGUCCCUCUCCACGUGUAUCCCCCGUGUCCCUCUGUGUGCCCCGGGCAUCCGUCCAUGUCCUUCCCUGUCCUAUGACCUGUCCUUCCCUGUCCCUGUCCCUCCCGGUGUCCUGUGACCCCUCCCCGUGUCC